CAUUUCAUAUCACCGAGUCAUCCAUCUUCCUCUCUCCUCUCUUUCUAACAUUCAAACCUAACUUUACCCAAACCAGAGGAAAUGGUAUCGGACUCGGAACUCGUCGGCCGGCUGCGUGAGUUCCUAAGCACCUCCGACCUCACCACCACCACCACCACUGCCGUCCGACGAAAGCUCGAAGAGGACUUCGGUAUCGAUUUAUCCGAUAAAAAGGCCUUCAUUCGAGAACAAGUUGAUCUUUAUCUUGAAAGCCAGUUUCAACUUGAACAGCAGAAAAAUGAAGGAGAAAUGCACGACGAAGUCGAUGACGGACCGCCGGCGGAAGUGAGUGACGAAGAAGAAGAUGCGGCGGAGGAGGAAGAAGAAGAAGAGCAAGAGGAAUCUGAAGCUGUUACUAAAGUAAAACGAAGAAGUUCUAAGAAAAAGUCUGGGAAGAAGAAUGAAAAUGUUAGAAGGAAAGCUGGUGGAUUUACCAAAAUAUGUAGCCUUUCUCCCCAACUUCAAAAAUUUACUGGGGAAGCAGAACUUGCAAGGACUGAGGUGGUGAAGAGGAUGUGGAACUAUAUUCGUGAAAAUGAUUUGCAAGAGCCGUCAAAUAGGCGGAAUAUAAACUGUGAUGACACAUUACGAGAGCUUUUUGGUGUGGAUAAAAUAGACAUGUUUCAAAUGAACAAGGCCCUGGCAAAGCAUAUUUGGCCCUUGGAUUCUGAUGGUGUUUCCACAAUAACAACUUCUGGUUCGGUAAAUUCUACUGCGAGGGAAAAAAAUUCUACGGCAAAGAAAAAGCGGCAGAAGCAAGAGGAGGAUGAAGAUUCAGAUGAGCCAAAGAGAAAGGAAAAGCGGCACAACUCUGGAAUUCUUGCUCCACUCCAGCUUUCUGAUGCCUUAAUAAAGUUCCUCGGUACAGGAGAGAGUGAACUGCCACGAGGCAAUGUUGUUAAAAGAAUUUGGGAUUACAUUAAGCAAAAUAACUUGCAGGAUCCGUCUGACAAGAGGAAAAUAAUAUGUGAUGAGAAGUUGAAAGAACUAUUUGAUGUUGAUACCUUCACGGGAUUUGGAGUAUCAAAACUACUUACUGCACAUUUUAUUAAGGUGGAACGGUGAUAUGGUGGGCUUCAUUUUGCAAAAAGCUCAAGGGCUUCAGAAUUUUGCUUUAAGUUUGAAGCUAGAUACUACUAGAUACUAACAUCUUUGUUGUCUUCUCUGUUGUAUAUGUUUUUGGACACUACUGCGAACGACUAUAGGGGAAGCAAACAGUAUUUUAAGUUGAUUCACGGGUCUUCUCCUAUUACUUAAAAGUUCGUUUUGCUCAAACUGAUUAACUGAGGAACUGUACUUCUGAUGAAAAAUGUGAAUACUCAUGUCCUUUCUCAUGUGGUUUUUUGUGCCUCUGUUUUGAGGAUAUAUACGGACAUCUUGGGAAGAAGAUUUGAAUGAUUGUC